GCCAAUCGCCGGAACCUCGGUUGGUGCCGAUCGUAUCCAGACCGUUAACGAUCCCGAGCCAUAACUUCUACAUAAACUGCCACAACGACCUCUUUGUCUCCUCCGUCUUCUCAGUCUCAACAUCGCCAACGCCAUGCCCGCCAAACUAAUUCUCCCGUCCCUCAGCGCCUUUACUCUCUAUGCCAUCUGGUACUACGCCGAGGCCAACGGUCUGCUCGGCCUAGCCAAAGCGAGUAUCGCCCGCCACACUGUCCCGGGCAGCAAUGCGCCGCUCCGCACCGUCUACACGGGGCUGCCCCAGCUCGACGAGCUUCUGACCACCCUGACGACCUUCUUCUGGCCCACCACCGAUGGAAGCCAUCCAGCUCUUACCCUGCACACGCUGGGCUUCGCCGGUACCUUCGGGUCCGCCUGGAUCCUGAUUACCCUCGAAUCCUGGCGACAUGGAAACGCCUGGACCGUCGCAGCCUUUCCGCUCAUCUUCGGUCUCUCCGCCCAAACGCUCACUUUCGCCUUCGCCGCCCCCCUCUACUGCGCCCUGCAGCUCUCCGUCUCCCCCACCGCCAAAUCCCCCACGCCCGACACCAUCCGCAUUCCCCGGCCCGUCCUGCGCGCUUUCCCCUGGGUGUUCGCCAUCUCGUUCAUCGUCCCCAGCGGUCUGAUGAUCCUGCCCGUUUCAGAUACCAUCACCACGGACCUGAAGCAGAUCUUCAUCGCUCUAUGGCAGCCCUUUCCCGCGUAUAUUUCCCUCCUCCUCACUCUUGUCCACGUCGGGGGUCCCCCGCUCAACCGCCCCGACGGCACCGGGCGCAAAGACCUUCGCGCCCUCCGUUUCGUCUACGCGUUCGCGUUCGCGCACACGGCCAUCAACCACCUCGUCUCCUGGACCAUAUCCCUCACCACGGUCUUCGCCCCCACUGUCAUCGCCGUGCCGUUCCGGGAGCAGUUACACCCCAGCCUUGUGUUUGGAAUCCCGACGCCGUGGACCUCGCCCGUCCUGCAGGUGACGAGCGUCGCGGAGGGCGUGCAUGCGUUUCUCCGCUGGGAUUGCCUGAUCGGGUCCGCGGGAAUGGUGGUUUGGGCGAGCGCUUUGUACGUCGCUGCGCACAGGGCGGUGUUGGGAUGUGUGGGCUGGGGACGGUUGUUGGUUAAGGUGGUGUUGCUGGGGCUCGUGGCUGGGCCGGUCGGCGCGGCGGUGGAGUUGGUUUGGGAGAGGGACGAGCUGGUGUUGAGUGAGAUGGGGGGUGUGAGGAGGGUGGCGGGGGAGAAGAAAUAAUUUUUUUGUCCGGUACACUGCCGAUGGCACCAUCGUGGAGGGGUGUGUCUUUUUGGAUCAACAAACAACCAUUUACCCCCCUGAAGGGAGAAAAUAGUACCACCCCGUUGCUCGAAUCCGAUUGAACUUCCCUCAUGCACGGUGGGAUUGCAACCGAGGCAUGUGGUCGCAGAAUGCUGCAGAUCUGAUCGGACUCCAGUUGUAUUCAUCGACGAUCAAAAUCCCACAUGACAUCACCAAUAUAUUUGACCUUCCCCUGUCAUACCCCGGACGGGACGCCAUGAGGCGAGACAUGAGCUUGUUUCGUCUGACUCGAGUCAG